AGGUGGGGCUGGGGCUGAAACCCGGGUGUCCCUUGGAUCUUUGUGGGUUUAGCGACUCCUGGCGCGCAGGCCUGACCUGGGCACCGCGCCCCGAGCCCGUGACACAGUGGGGAGUGUCCCUUCGUGUGCCCGCCUGCGAGGGGCUGAGGAAGCCUGGAGCUGGGCGCAUAGUUGCGGGGCCGGUCGUUUCCCUGUGAGGCUCUGCCCAGAAUCCCUGCUGCCUCCGGGCAGUGGAGGAGCGGGCACCGAGGUCGCAGGUGUGGCUGUGGCCGUUUUUCCUGGUGCUCUGCGUGAGAGCUGGGUUCCAGAGCCUGGUCCCUAGGAGGAGAGCGGCGGAGCGGAGCCCGUGGGCGGAGGCCGGGCGCAUGAGGGGUCUGGGAGUGGGAGCGGGAGAAGAGCAUCGCCCGCUGCGCGCCGCUGGGAAGUGGACCCGGGUUUGACAGCCCUGCUCUGGGCGCUGCGGGUUGCCUGGGCGUCGCUGCCGGAGUGGGAAUGCCUGGUGUCACCCAGCUUGCUCCCCGCUCCCUGAACCCCGGGAGGACCGCAGGGACCCGGCCGAAGGACAGAGAUUUGGACCUAGUGAAAGGACAUCGCUCCUUAGCACCAGCUAUGGACUCCACAGCAUCAGUUCUCCCUUCUCAGGACCCUGCUCUUCCUCCAGAGAGAUGCCCAGGAGAAAAGGGAGCAGCCAGCUUAUGCCUGAAAACCAGGCCCCAGGACCUGAUGACAUUUGAGGAUGUGGCUGUGGAAUUCACCCAGUGGGAGUGGGGGCAGCUGGACCCUACUCAGAAGGACGUGUACCGGGAAGUGAUGCUGGAGAAUUUCAAGAACCUGGCCUCCCUGGGGUUUCCAAUGCCCAAACCGUAUGUGAUCUGCCGCUUGGAGGAAGGGGGAGAGCCCUGUCUGUUGGAGAGAGAAAUCUCAACAGGUGCCCCCGCAGGUCUGCCCACCCUUCAGGGUUCUUGGGGCUGUGCAUCAUCGCUAGAUGUCACACGACUGGGAGAGAAGGCAUCAAGCCAAGGAAUCAAUGCUAAGUCAGGGAAUUUCCAAAGAAGAAUUAUUCCAGAUAGCAUCAGUGGAAAAACACAUUAG